AACAAACGAUCUCGGAGAAAUAUUCACAAUCAUAUUCAAGUUGUUCGUUCGCGCGUUCGAGUUCCUGUCCGAGAAGAUUUGGGUUUCCAUAAGUAUUUCUUCAGCCUCAAGUCCAGCGUCGGAAAGCCAUGACUGUUUCAAAGCUUAGGGAGCGGCUCGCCCUAUUCAUUACCCUGGCAGUGGUCGCCUCUGCCAGUGGUGACUACCAGGCUAACAUGUUUCUAAACGGGAGGUACCAAAACGGUAUCAAGGAUCAAAAGGCGAACCACCUUUCAGUAAAUCCCUCGACGAACGUGUUUCUUAACCACGCCAUCAUCAGCAGGCAAGCGUCGCCGUUCCAGGGCCCAACCUAUCUCCCUCCCAAGGAAUUCCUGAAAUGCGCCCCCGGUCAGCAGUGCGUCCGCAAUGGUCAGUGCUUGAACGGAUUUUUCGGCCAGCAAUUACCUAAGAUUCAAAACUGUGAUCCGGAAACUACUGUAUGCUGUACCUAUAGGGCUCCUGCCACCACGACAACAACCACUACUCCCGUGCCAGUGGCAGUGUGUGCCCACGACUCCGACUGUGUGACUCCGGAGAACUGUCGGAACGGCGAAAUUAGCGCUGUAAACUACGUAAAGAAACAAGGAACCAAUCGCUGCCCUGCGCCUGAUAUUUGCUGUCGCAUACCCUCGACAACGCUGACGGAGGAUGGGUAUAUUUUCAACCUACCGAAAAAAAUCUUUCCACUCCCGACGAAACCAACAGUGCCCGCCGUGCGCUCCACCCAGGCGCCGUUUCGCCCAGAAGCAACGGCUGCGGUGACAGCUAAUCGACCCACCAUUGAGUAUCUGCCGCCCUCCACCACACAGCAUCCCAGUUACGAGAACGUCCAGACGAGCCGACGACCAGUCUACUUGCCACCAUCCCCGGCCCCCGAGUCGGCCAGCAGUCUCAUCCCACAAAUCAGGCCUAAGACGGAGCAACGCCCCCAACCGAUGCGGCAGCCUUCGAACGAGUAUCUGCCGCCUUCAGCCGCUAACGAGAUUCCUCGGUUCGAGCCUGACCACUCUCCGCAGCCAUCAAACGAGAAGCCAAUCUACCGCGGAGAGGACCUACUGUCGCCACAGAUCUUCCCCUCACCCCAGCCAGCUAAUAUCCCAAAACACUUUGCCAAGUGCGCCUCAGCCUUAGUGUGUACCUCUGAGAACUUCUGCAAUUCCAUCGGAGUGCUUUCUGAUACUGCCGUAGAGCUGUCCCCCAUGGAGGCGGCUUUUCGAGUGCCCCUUACCGACUGCUUGCAGGCCGAGAACGGUUCCCCCGGCAAGUGCUGUCGUGACCCUAACUACGUAGACCCCUGGCCCGUUAACUUAGCCGGAGUGUGCGCGACAAGGAACAAGCGUACAAAGCCCACGGGAGUUAAGGAUCUGGAUGCAAACUUUGCCGAAAUCCCCUGGCAAGCAAUGAUCUUGCGCGAGUCAAGCAAGACGCUUAUUUGCGGAGGAGCCAUUAUCGGAGACCAAUUUGUUUUAAGCUCCGCCAGCUGCGUAAAUGGCCUUCCGGUGGUCGACAUUCGUGUCAAGGCUGGUGAAUGGGAGCUGGGCAGCACGAACGAGCCUCUGCCGUUCCAGCUGACUGGUGUCAAAACCAUCGAUGUCCACCCCGAUUACGAUCCUUCGACAAACUCCCACGACUUAGCCAUUAUCCGACUCGAGCGACGCUUGGAGUUCGCAUCGCACAUCCAGCCCAUCUGCAUAAGCGACGAGGACCCAAAGGAUUCCGAGCAAUGCAUCACCUCUGGCUGGGGAAAGCAAGCGUUGUCUAUCCAUGAAGAGGGCGCUCUAAUGCACGUGACCGACACUUUGACGCAAGCGCGCAGCGAGUGUGGUGCCGACUCCAGCAGUGUGUGUAGUGCUACCAAGUUCGACUCUUGCCAAUUUGACGUAGGAAGCGCACUUGCCUGCGGCAGCGGCUCGAACGUCCGCCUCAAGGGAAUCUUUGCCGGUGAGAACUCCUGCGGAGAGGGGCAGAUAGUGCGUUUUGCCAAGCCGGACAUUAAGUGGAUUAACACGGCGUUUGCCGAAAAGAACAAGCCGCUCCUAUUGAAGCGAUUUUGAGAUUUAUUUUGAUUCGGAUUACAACCAAGAAACGAGAAAUUGUUUGCAUCUUGAUACUACAGAUAAACAGAGUACAUAACCCAAACACGAUUAGGGGUUAUGAACUUGCCAUUGCGAUUUCAUUGGAGCUUGAAAAGGGCCAUGAAAAUAAGAAGGCAUUCUAUAUUAUCAAUGUUUUGUAUUCUGUUAAAAUAAUUUGAUGCAAGCCUUGCUUAUAACGUUGCUUGAAAUUGUUUCUUGGAAAGUGUUUUUGUUUCGUGAUUUGAAAUUUUUAACACUGGCUUGGGGGUACACAAAUCACUUAUGUAAGUGAUUUUUUCUAGAACUUUGUCGUAAAUUAUAAUUAGAAACGUUAGAUGGAAACGAGAAAUCGUUGAUUUACCAAAUUAAAUGAUUUUGUUUACAAGCUCGCAAAAAUUCGUAUUCUAACCCAUCAAAAUAGUCUUCUUACCUGGCCACAUUUUUACUGCAGCUCUAAUGAAUAAGCUAUAUUUUACUAUCUAGAUACAAUUUUUCUUAUUGACCUAUUGGAGUUUGCUCGAAUAUUUGUAUAUGUUGCUUCUAUGUACAAAUACGUAAAGUCUAAAAUAAUAUUUGCUUCAGUGACUAAGCCUAACAAUGUAGAGUCAUUGGUGCAUGAGUUAGAAUCAGCUUUUAUCUAUUACGUGCUCUCAAACUACGUACAUAGAUUGAGUUUGUAUGUUAAAGAGUCCAGCUAUGGGGGAAUGUAAAAUACUUAUGUAAUUAUAAUAACUUUGAAGAAAUCAACUCACCGCCAACCAACCACAAUAAAUAGAGAUUAUAUAAUUUUUAAGAUUUCCUCUUUCUAAGCGAAGGCCCUAGACCGACACACGUAAACCGCACAACGGAAUCUUCGCUGCACCAGUAAAUUCGUUGACAUUUAAAAUUUUCCCUAUAUCGUAGAUUGAAUAUGUAUGUUAUUAUGAUUAAUAAUUCUAAAUCUAGCUUAUAGUUUAUUUUUUAAAUAAAUAAAAACUAAGAUGUACAACAAAUUUUCCUUUUUUCUAUAUGUAUUCAAUAGAAAAUGGAUUUACAUUUGUAUAACCUUGUAUUGACUUAAGUCAGAAAUUUGUACAGCAGUAAAUUAGCAAAUAUUUGGGAACAAAUAAAAAAUAUAUAUGCUUGAUCAGAGUA